AUGGUUAAAGAUCGUUUCCAAGAAUUCCAAGAAAGUGUGAAUAGGUAUAGAGACGAUGAAGAUUCCAAUAUAGAACGCUAUUUCGCCGUAAUUGACAUGGAAGGAGAUUGUUUACAUGAUAUUUUCUACAGAAUCAAUCUUAUCGAAAGUAAUAUCAAUGAUUUAGCUAGACUUACGCAGUUAAUCGAACCAUUACACGAUGCUAUGUUAGCACCAUUACCUGAUAAUCAAAUCAAACACAAGCUGGAUGAAACGAUCAUGCGUAUCCGUGAAAAAGCGAGUAUCAUCCGAAAACAACUAAGCGAAAUGAAGCAUCAUCAAGAAAUGAAAAUAAACGCUCGACAUCGUAUUAUUCGCGCUCAAACGGAGAUUCUAUCCCAACGAUUCUAUGAGAUUCUGAAUCGACAUUAUCAAGCAGUAGUUAUUCAUCACGAACGAUUUGGAAAAGCGUUAUCCGACUCGGAGAUUGACAAACUGUGCGACUAUGGCCAAACAGUUUGGUGUUUACAAAGCGUGGCAGAUUUACGAGAAGAACACCACAAAUUGAACGAUAUGGAAAAUCGUCAUAUGCAUUUUGUUCAACUUGAAGAGGAAAUCAGAGAGCUGAAAAAUUUAUUUGAUGAAUUGGCUCAUCUCGUUCAAGAGCAGGGACAGAGCGUUACAUCUAUUGAACAAUAUAUGGAAAAUAUCAAAGAUUAUACGGAGCGAGUGAUUCAUAUCCUGCCGUUAGUCAUAGACGAAACGAGAUCUAUGCGAAAAAAAAAGACCUGCAUGAUCUUCGCUUGCAUUGUUUGUGUUAUACUUUUUGUUAUUUGCUUACUAAUCUUCACUAAUGUGUUGUGA